AUGUCACUUCUUGGAACACUUAUCUUCCCAUUUAUUAUAACUUUCAUAUGCUUCAUCGUCUUCCAGUUUUAUUUGAGGCGUAGAAAUUUUCCACCUGGACCAGUACCUUUGCCUUUAAUAGGCAAUUUUCAUCAAAUUGACCUUGCUUAUCCGCAUCGCACAAUGGUAGCAUGGAAUAAGAAGUAUGGAGAGAUGUUCACCGUUUGGCUUCCUAAACCUAUAAUUGUAUUAGCCGAUUAUAAAGUUAUGAAAGACGCGUUAAUUAAACAUGGAGAUGCAUUUUCUGGAAGACCAAUGACAUUUGUAUACGGUAUAUUUUCUAAUCAUCAACCUGAUGGCGAUGGCAUAAUCCUUAGCCAGAAUGAAAAAUGGAUUCACCAAAGAAGAUUCGCUUUAAAAGUUUUCCGAGAUUUUGGUAUGGGAAAAAAUUUGAUGGAAACCAAAAUAGAAUAUCAUUGCAAUAAGCUUAUCGAGUUAAUUCAUUAUGAUAUAUCUAACGGAAAAACUAUUAUGAAUCUUCACCUUCCAGUUGCAUUUUGUGUUGGAAAUAUAAUCCAAGAUUUGUUUGCCAGUGUCGAGAUGUUGAUGAUCGAUUGUUAUCCAUGGAUGCGGUUUUUUCUUCCCAAAUAUUAUCGAUAUUGCAGAAAUGGUUUCGCACUACAAAAGUUUUUCCUAGAUCAUAUCGAUGAACAUGAAAAACAUCUCUCGCAUGAAGACGAUGAACCAUUUGAUUUCAUAGAUGCCUAUAUAAAAGAGAUAAAAAAGAAAACUAACGGAAAUAAUUAUAACAAAAUAUCAUUGGCUCUAAAUUCGGGUGAUUUGUGGACAGGUGGCUUGGAGACGACUGUAACUACGAUUCGAUGGGCAAUCAUUUAUAUGAUAAGGUUUCCCAAAAUUCAAAAUCGAUUAUUUGACGAAAUUUCGAAGGUGAUUGGGGCAAAAAAAGUUAAAUGGUUAGACAGAAAUAAUAUGCCGUAUACACUUGCAACAAUUUAUGAGGUCCAGCGAUUGGUAAAUAUACUUCCUUGGCAUAUUCCGCAUGCAACAACAAAAGAUAUCUAUUUUCACGGAUAUCUCAUACCAAAGGGAACGACGAUAAUGCCUCAAUUAGGAGCCAUCCAUUUCAACGAAGAAUUGUUUCCGAAUCCGGAGUCCAUUAAUCCUGAGAGGUUUUUAAAAGAAGAUGGUUCUCUGCGAUUAAUCAAUGAAUUUAAUCCAUUCGGAAUCGGAAAACGAUCUUGUUUGGGCGAAGCUCUUGCUCGUAUGGAGCUUUUCAUGAUAUUCACCACUCUUAUACAAAAUUUCCAAUUCUCGACAGCUCAUGGAGUGGCUCCAUCGCUUAAACGUUCACUUGGUAUGGCUUCUGUGCCUCAAGAAUACGAAUGCACUGUCGAAGCAAGACAUCAUUUAUAA